AUGAGGACCAACGUGGGGAUGCGCUUGGCCCACUGGGGGUGCCGGGUGGGCAGGGGGGAGUCAGGCUUCACCCCAUGGCAGAAGCCCAUGUGCUUUGUCCAUUGCAGCAUCUCGGGCUACGGAGCUGCCGGCGGGAAAGGCGGGAGGAACACCAUGAUGCGGUCCCACGGCGUGUCUGUGCUGGGCAUCUUCAACCUGGAGAAGGACGACACGCUGUACAUCCUGGUCGGGCAGCAGGGGGAGGACGCCUGCCCCAGCACAAACCGAUUAAUCCAGAAAGUCUGCAUUGGAGAGAACAACGUGAUAGAGGAAGAAAUCCGCGUGAACAGAAGCGUGCACGAGUGGGCAGGAGGGGGCGGAGGAGGGGGCGGAGCCACCUACGUGUUUAAGAUGAAGGACGGCGUGCCAGUGCCCCUGAUCAUUGCGGCUGGCGGAGGUGGCAGGGCCUACGGGGCCAAGACGGACACGUUCCACCCCGAGAGGCUGGAGAAUAACUCCUCGGUUCUAGGGCUCAACGGCUACUCCGGAGCCGCAGGUGGUGGAGGUGGCUGGAAUGAUAACACUUCCUUGCUCUGGUCUGGAAAAUCUUUGCUGGAGGGUGCCACCGGAGGACAGUCCUGCCCCCAGGCCAUGAAGAAGUGGGGGUGGGAGACCAGAGGGGGUUUCGGAGGGGGUGGAGGGGGGUGCUCCUCAGGUGGAGGAGGCGGAGGAUAUAUAGGCGGCAACGCAGCCUCAGACAAUGACCCUGAGAUGGACGGAGAGGAUGGGGUAUCCUUCAUCAGUCCCCUGGGAAUCCUGUACACCCCGGCUUUAAAAGUGAUGGAAGGCCACGGGGAGGUGAAUAUUAAGCACUACCUCAACUGCAGCCACUGCGAGGGCGACGAGUGCCACCUGGACCCCGAGAGCCACCAGGUCAUCUGCUUCUGCGACCACGGCACCGUGCUGGCUGAGGACGGGGUCUCUUGCGUUGUGUCGCCCACCCCCGAGCCCCGCCUGCCACUCUCACUCAUCCUCUCCGUCGUGACCUCUGCCCUCGUGGCCGCCCUCGUCCUGGCGUUCUCCGGCAUCAUGAUCGUGUACCGCCGGAAGCACCAGGAGCUGCAAGCCAUGCAGAUGGAACUGCAGAGCCCCGAGUACAAGCUGAGCAAGCUCCGCACCUCAACCAUCAUGACCGACUACAACCCCAACUACUGCUUUGCCGGCAAGACCUCGUCCAUCAGUGACCUGAAGGAGGUGCCACGGAAAAACAUCACCCUCAUUCGGUGAGUGCCCCGGCCAUUCUUCAGGGAAAGGGGGUCUCGGCCAGGCCUGCCUUCUGGCUCUUCACCUGCUCAGGUAACUGUCUCCUGCUUUCCCCACUGGUUUUUCAGACUCAGCUCAGUUACAUUUGCUUACCCCCCUCUGCUCUGCAGCAAAUUCAAUCACCAGAACAUCGUGCGCUGCAUCGGAGUGAGUCUGCAGGCCCUGCCCCGGUUCAUCCUGCUGGAGCUCAUGGCGGGAGGAGACCUCAAGUCCUUCCUCCGGGAGACCCGCCCUCGCCCGAACCAGCCCUCCUCCCUGGCCAUGCUGGACCUUCUGCACGUGGCCCGGGACAUUGCCUGCGGCUGCCAGUACUUGGAGGAAAAUCACUUCAUCCACCGGGACAUUGCUGCCAGGAACUGCCUCCUGACCUGUCCGGGCCCUGGAAGAGUAGCCAAGAUUGGAGACUUCGGAAUGGCCCGGGACAUCUACAGAGCGAGCUACUACCGAAAGGGCGGCUGUGCGAUGCUGCCAGUGAAGUGGAUGCCCCCAGAGGCCUUCAUGGAAGGAAUAUUUACAUCCAAAACAGACACGUGGUCCUUCGGAGUGCUGCUGUGGGAAAUAUUCUCUCUUGGAUACAUGCCGUACCCCAGCAAGAGCAACCAGGAGGUCCUGGAGUUCGUCACCAGCGGAGGACGGAUGGACCCCCCGAAGAACUGCCCCGGGCCUGUAUACAGGAUAAUGACCCAGUGCUGGCAGCACCAGCCCGAGGACAGGCCCAACUUCGCCACCAUCCUGGAGAGGAUCGAAUACUGCACGCAGGAUCCAGAUGUGAUCAACACGGCUUUGCCAAUAGAAUACGGCCCACUCGUGGAGGAGGAGGAGAAAGUGCCCGUGAGGCCCAAAGACCAUGAGGGAGUCCCUCCUCUCUUAGUUUCUCCCCCAGCAGGGAAAGGGGGGGACAGGCAGGACCCAGCCGCCCUGGCCCCCCUGCCCUCCACUUCCUCGGGCAAGGCGUUGAGGAAGCCACCGGCGCCAGAGGUCAACGUUCCAGUCGCCAGAGGGCCGGCCGUGGGAGGGGGACACGUUAACAUGGCAUUCGCUCAGUCGAACCCGCCAUCCGAGCUGCACAAAGUCCAGCGAUCCCGAAACAAGCCAACCAGCCUGUGGAACCCAACCUACGGCUCGUGGUUCACAGAGAAGCCUGCCAGGAAGGCCCGCCCUCCAGCACAGAAGGAACCCGAGAGGGGAGGCCCGGGGCCCGGGGGCCCCGGCCCGCCCAGCGCUGCAGCGGGCAGAGUCCCCAGGGCCUCCCUGCUCCUGGAGCCGUCCUCGCUGACCGCCAGCGUGAAGGAAGUGCCCCUGUUCAGGCUGCGUCACUUCCCGUGUGGCACUGUCAACUACGGCUACCAGCAGCAGGGCCUGCCCCUAGAGGCCACCACCCCCGGGGCCAGUCACUAUGAGGACACGGCCCUCCAAAGCCAGCCUGGGCCCUGAGCCUGGCCCUCGCUUCUUUUCCUGGGGAACCCUGAGCCCAUGGAGGGGGGCGGGCCACGGCUCCUCCACAAGCCAGACCAAACGCCACUUUUCCUUUCGUGCCAACUUGUUUUGAAGAGCCACAUCAAAGCUGUAUUUUCCAAAUGCUUUCGAGAGGUUUUGAGCAUGGGUUCAUCCUAUCAUUUCAAAAGAAAAACAUGUCAUACAGACAAGUGGGAGAUACAAGGCCCGGAUUUGGCUGCCUAAGGUUGUCGUGUGCGGCUGAGGCCCACGUCCUCGGGCCUCCACAGCUGGGGGCAGUCAGAGGAGCUGCUCACUCACGAGGCCCGCACCUGGAGCCAGGGAUGCGCCCUAACCUGGGUGCUGUGGACUGGACCACGGGGGAGGGAGGGGGGCCAAAGAGGAGCUGUGUGUGACGAGUCAGCAUGGGAAGGACAUUCUCUACUUGGAAAAGGAAAUUCAUGGACAAGUAACUGAAGCAUCACGUGUCAGAUGACAGACACUUUCUAUCAUGCUACUCCUUGAUGAUGGUAAAAUGUGAUAGUGACGGAGGUUUAGUGAAAACGUGCAUGUUCUCACCUGCAGGGGUUCCUUCGAGUGGUCGAGCCCAGCGAGACACGCUCAGCAUUCUAUCAAUAUACCUCAUGCCUUAAGAAAACCUCCUCCCAAAGUGAGCAACUGAUGUGAGGUUUCCCACUGGACUAAAGAUCUAAAUCAAUUACUUUAAAACUUCCCACUAAAAUAAACUCUGAUCAUUUAAAAAUAAAAAUUUGAAGCAGCUGUGACACAUCGAAGCAUAGAAACACAUCCCUUCUCAUGGGCUCAUGUCAGUCCGCCUGGGCCAAAACCUUCUGCGUUUGGUCAUGAACGCUGCCGGGCUGGAGUUCCUACGGGUGACAGGCAGGUCUUUGGAGUAAAGGUCCUCGGGUGGCCUGAGAGGUGCUCCUGCAGGACCAGCAUCCUUCCUCCCCGUGUUCACCUCCUUUUCUCUCCUGGUCAUGUGACCCCAGCACACAUGGGAGCAGAGUUGCUGAAAUACAGCAUCAUCUGCAUGGCUAUCAAAUGCAGACUGAAAGCAAGAAUUUCUCCUAGGGGGGCAGUGAGUGCAGGAAUUAAGGGACACCGAGUGCUGAGGGUGACCACGCAUGUCACAAAGUAGGGGUUCUGAGCUUGGUUUUCACAGAUAAUUUAUCUCCACAAAAAUAUUACACACGCACUUAUGCAGCAAUGCUUUGCUUUACCAGGAAGCUCGGAUCCCAUUCUUUCUGUCUGCUCUGCCUCCAUCCUCUUGCCCAGGUCCUCUCCUGGUCCUAGCUGUGCCAAAGCCUUGCUCUGGGAGGAAAGCCUUGUUACCUGCGGGACUCUGAGCAUUCCCAGCAAAAGCACUGUGUACACACCACCUUCCCGACCUCCAGGUCCACCCGCAUCGGGAGCAUCGCCUUGGACGUGGGAAAGCCAUUCUGUUCUGACAGCACCAGGCCGCGUUCACGCCUCCCACACAGACCCCUGGCCCGGCCAGCGGUUCUGUGCAUCGGCAGACGCGCUGACCACUUCUCCUUACCUUCUUAACUACAUGUUUUCAUCGGGCAUAAUGAACUCAUCUCUAAAUAACCAUAUCAGGAACGUUUUGGCUCAUGCCAGGCGCAAAAGUAAAUAGUCUAAUUAUGUCAACAUCCACGUAGUUCAUAAACCACCUGAAGGGGCCAAGAAUCACGCUUGGAGAACCAUGCUCCCGAGGGAUGGCGGCAGAGGAACGCCAAAAACUGAACAUGUCACUUCGCAUCUGUAACCAGUGACCAAUUAAACGGGGAGCAUGCACACGCCUCCGCAGCCGACUCUUUAUUGCU